GAGUUUUUGUAGCUGUGCAGACACAGAAGUCGCUGAAACGUCUGGAGGGACAGCCUCAGCAAGCCUGUGACCUUCUACGACAAACUGGACCAUGGCAAUUCAGAAGGGAUUUAGCUGGGAUUGUUAAACGUGUGCCAAAAAGAGAACUGCCUCUUGGGUUUUUUCAAACAAGUAGCACUAUAUUUGGACUGGAAACAGCCUGUGGAUGAGCAGGAAUAACCAUUAGAAGGCAAGUGAAAAGUUUCAAGCAGAUACUACAGUCAAGGAAGAAACAACUCGAAUGUAUCUGGGCAAGUUUCCAUACUGACUGAAGCAACACUUUUUCCCAUGACAUCAGACUCAAAACAAACAAUAUAUUAUAGUCCAUAUGUUGACUAAGGAAAGCCCAAGCCGUGCAGAGCCAUGCACCAGCCUUCAGAACAGCGACUGAACAAAAGCUGGAUUGCUUGCAAGCCAUGGGAGUUAAUCAAACAAACAAAAAGCCCCAGGUUUUCAGGAUAAGGCACCUGGGUCAGACUUCUCAGCACGAUGAGGUUGUGAAUCCCGAGUGUGAAGAAAGAAGAAGGGAGCUCAGCAAGACUCAGCUGGGAAGAAACAUUCUGAACCUGGUGACAGAGACUUGUGUGCAAGACUGAGAGGUCAGUUCUGUGCUUCACUUCUGGUCUUCGAUGCGUAAUUCCUGGUGUAUGGAGAAGGGAUGCAAAAGUAGAGACAGACAUGGUGCAGUUUAACCUUGCACUUACUGCACUGCUCCACAAAUGAAGUACCAACUAUGCUAAAGGCUACAGAAACACGUGGCCAUGGAAAGCCCCUGCCUCAGAAACCGAACAGUGUGCAACCUCCCAGUGAUGAAAUAGAAAUGGUUAAUGCAUGGUUUGCUGAGAGAGUUCACACCAUCCCCGUCAGCAAGGAGGGAACUAAGUCCCAGAGCGAAGUCUGUGCCUGUCACCAGCCUGCCUGUGCCGAGACCUCCAACUCUGGGACACCAGUGAGGAAAAUCUCCGCUUCUGAAUUUGACAGACCCUUAAGGCCUAUUUUUGUCAAGGACUCGGUAGGAGCAGUGAGCUUCCUCUCUGGCUCUGACAAGAAGGAACAGAUGCCUCUGCAAUCUCCAAGGAUUGAGACGAGUGCAGGGGAUCAGUGCUCGAGACUAUUAGAACUUGUGAAAGAUAUUUCUAGUCACUUAGAUGUCACAGCGCUUUGCCAUAAGAUCUUCCUACACAUCCACGAGCUGAUUGCAGCUGAUCGCUACUCCCUGUUCCUGGUGUGUGAGGACAGCUCAAAUGAGAAGUUUCUCGUGAGCAGGCUGUUUGAUGUGGCAGAAGGAUCCACCCUGGAAGAAGCUUCCAACAACUGCAUCCGCCUGGAGUGGAACAAAGGCAUUGUGGGUCAUGUGGCAGCCAUAGGGCAGCCUCUCAACAUCAAGAAUGCCUAUGAGGAUCCAAGAUUCAAUGCGGAAGUUGACCAGAUCACAGGGUAUAAGACUCAGAGCAUUCUCUGUAUGCCAAUAAAGAAUCACAGGGAAGAGGUUGUUGGUGUGGCUCAAGCAAUCAACAAGAAAUCAGGAAUUGGUGGCACUUUCACUGAACAAGAUGAAAAGGAUUUUGCGGCAUAUUUGGCAUUUUGUGGAAUUGUUCUUCACAACGCUCAGUUGUACGAGACGUCCCUGCUUGAGAACAGGCGCAAUCAGGUGCUUCUUGACCUUGCCAGCCUGAUUUUUGAAGAGCAGCAGUCUUUGGAAGUGAUCCUGAAGAAGAUAGCAGCCACUAUAAUAUCCUUCAUGCAGGUGCACAGCUGUACCAUCUUCAUAGUGGAUGAAGAUUGUCCCGAUACAUUUUCUAGUGUCUUUCACAUGGAAUCUGAGGAAUUAGUGGAUUCAGCUGAAAAUCUGAAGAGGGACUAUGACACAAACAAAAUCAACUACAUGUAUGCUCAGUAUGUCAAGAAUACGAUGGAGCCACUCAACAUCCCAGAUGUCUGCAAAGACAGAAGAUUUCCAUGGACAAAUGACAAUGCAGAAAAUGUAAGUCGGAACAUAAAGAGUUUGCUGUGUACACCAAUAAAAAAUGGGAAAAAGAAUAAAGUGAUAGGGGUUUGCCAGCUUGUGAAUAAGAUGGAAGAAAACUCAGGAAAAAUCAAAGCUUUUAACAGAAAUGAUGAGGAGUUCCUGGAAGCAUUCGUCAUCUUUUGUGGCCUGGGGAUCCAGAACACCCAGAUGUAUGAGGCUGUAGAAAGAGCCAUGGCCAAACAGAUGGUGACAUUAGAGGUUCUCUCUUACCAUGCUUCUGCUGCUGAGGAGGAAACUAGGGAGCUGCAGGUAACAGUGGCUGCUGUAGUGCCAUCUGCACAAACUCUCAACCUGACUGACUUCUACUUCAGUGACUUUGAGCUGUCAGACUUUGAAACAACACUGUGCACAAUUCGAAUGUUCACAGACCUCAACCUGGUGCAAAAUUUCCAAAUGAAACAUGAGGUUCUCUGCAAAUGGAUUUUAAGUGUGAAGAAAAACUAUAGGAAGAACGUUGCUUAUCACAAUUGGAGACACGCCUUUAACACAGCACAGUGCAUGUUUGCUGCUCUGAAAUCUGGGAAAAUUCAGAGCAAACUGACUGACUUAGAAAUGCUGGCUUUGCUGAUAGCAACUCUGAGCCAUGAUCUGGAUCACAGGGGAGUGAACAACUCUUACAUACAAAGAAGCGAACAUCCACUGGCUCAGCUGUAUUGCCACUCAAUCAUGGAGCAUCAUCAUUUCGAUCAAUGCCUUAUGAUCCUGAAUAGUCCAGGAAAUCAGAUUCUCAGCAGCCUUUCCAUUGAAGAAUACAAGGCUACACUGAAAAUGAUAAAGCAAGCCAUUCUUGCCACAGACCUGGCACUAUACAUCAAGAGGAGAGGAGAAUUUUUCGAUCUUCUAAGAAAGAAGCAGUUUAAUUGGGAAGAUCCCUCACAAAAGGAGCUAUUUUUAGCAAUGCUGAUGACUGCUUGUGACUUAUCAGCCAUAACCAAACCAUGGCCAGUUCAACAACGGAUUGCUGAGCUUGUGGCUACUGAGUUCUUUGAUCAAGGAGAUAAAGAGCGCAAGGAACUCAACAUAGAACCCACGGAUCUAAUGAACAGAGAGAAGAAAAACAAAAUUCCCAGCAUGCAGGUUGGAUUCAUAGAUGCUGUUUGUUUGCAGCUGUAUGAGGCCCUAACACACGUGUCAGAGGCCUGCUCCCCUUUGCUGGAUGGCUGCAGAAAAAACAGGCAGAAAUGGCAAGCCUUGGCUGAGCAGCAAGAGAACCUGAUUAAUGGAGAAAGCAACCAAGGCAAACGGAACUGAGAUGCUGAUUUCACCACAAUAAGCUCAAGUUCACGUAGGAGACACGGUAAUAGGGCGAGUACUGCAUUUUGCUAAACACUGUAUGAAUUUGCCUUAUGUUUUGCCACUGCUGUAUUAUUUUUUCCACAUUUCAAGAUAGAGCAUGACCGUGUAGAUGCCAAGAUUAUCUGAAGACAGUAUAUUUCUUUCAUUACAUCUGACUGAGAUGGAAGAAGACCUGCAGGGGUGGUUUUUGCUACCCCACCCCACAAGAAGGUACUGGGGCAGGCACUGACUCUGCCCGAGAGCCUGUUGUUUUACAGAUGUACAUAGUUGUUUAGUGACCGUGUUGUGGCCAGUAUCUGAAAGACUAUUGCAUUUUGCACCUUUUCCCUCCCUCUUCCGACCUUGCUGUUAUAAAAGUAUUGAGCAGUCUUGCCUGUUCUCUUUCCAGAGGUUCAGAGGAAAGAUUGGGACUCACUCUGGGGAGCCCAUUCCAGCAUAAACUAUUGCUAACCUCUCUCAGGAAGCAGAACUGGGCUCUGAGGUGAAAAGCCCCAAAAUCUGUGCAGCCAGUAGAGUUUGGGUUUUUUCCAUAUUAGAUGGAUGUCUUAGCAAAUGUGUUAUUCCAGCUGAAGAAAUUUCUAAGACCCCUGUGAAUUACUAGGCAACGGGAGUCUUAAGGGUCUUGUGGUAGAGGUGUCUGGCUUAUCCAUGCCCCAUGGAAACUGCUUGAAGAUCGCUGAAAUGUGCCAGCAGAACUGACAGGCUGCCCUGGAAGAAUGGCUCCCAUAGAAAGCUGCAUGGAGCACCCAGAUAAACGGAAACAAAACAGGAUUGGUUUUGUACCUUGGUUUUUAACUUCCUUUGGAAGCUGAUUUUCAUAUCAUCUAACCAACAGACUGGAUCACAGGCAGAAGAGAAUGACUGCAAGAGCAAGAGGUGAAAAGCUGAAUCAGAAUAAUGCAGGAAGGGCAUGCUCCUGGUGACCAUCUGUGACUGAUUCUUCAGGCCAGUGUUACUAUGAAAUGGCUAUGACCACUUAGAAGAACGUUUUAUGUUAACAUCUCUUAAAAAUAAUUUUUAACAUCAGCUAAAAAUGAUUAAUCAUAGUGUCUUGAAGAAAUAGGAAAAAAUAAUACCAAAACCAGAAAUAGCCAAGAGUGCUACAGGGAUUUGUCAUUUGUGAGGCAUUAAUGUUCUGAAAAGUAAGAAAUCAAUUAACUUGCACUAGUUAAAAAAAUAAAAAAAGUAUGUAUCAUUUAAAUGAAGAUGAUUAAUAAAGUGGUUUUGAAUAGGGAACCAAUUAAAGAAAAUAUAAACAUUGGAAAAUCCCAAAAGAGAAAUAUAAGGAGAGUACUAUUCUUUAGGAGUCAGCAGUCUAAAUGCAUUAGCAGCACAUGCAGAGAAUGUCAGCAGUCUAAAAUGCAUUAGCAGCACAUGUAACUUUGGCUGCACAGAGACACAAAAAAUGUUCCAGUUUUUUAAUCUGUAAUAACGAUUUUUUAGUUAAAAUCAGCAUCUGUAUUUGGCAAAAGCAGCACAUUUGGCAUUGCAUUUUGAAAUCUGGGAAUUUAGUUCUAUCACAAUAAUCCAAGAAAUUCUAGUUGGAAACUGCAAUAAAUUCUUUUUCCCAGGAGAUUGUCAAUCCAACUUGUAAGAGCUGGUCAGAAAGACUGGGAAAACUCCCCCCUUUUUAUCAAUUUCUUUUAGAUAAACGAUGCCAGAAACUAAGAAAAGAUGAAACAAAUGUUUCAAAAUGUUUGAUAAAAGUGACUUACAGAGUUGAUUUUUUUUUAAAUGUAGAACAAGGUAUUCUGACAGUCAGCAACAUUUCUGCCACCCUAAAUUAUUUGUCACUGAUUAAGUCCUAUCUCAAACCUCUCUAGUGAGCACCAAUAAUAAAUUGUUGCAGCUGUGAACUUGAAAACAUUUUUCUAUAGAAGAAUUUAUCCUUAUUCCAUCUCAACAAAUUAAAAAAAAAAGUAGGGAUUUCAACACUGACUAAGAAUUCCAGGACUGCCACUUUGCAGUACUCCAUAUGUGUAUUUUUAUGCAUACACAGUAUGCAGGUGACAGCAGCAUUCCCCCACCCUGACACAAACCCACGCCCAUCCCCCUCCAAAAAAGUUUUAGCUACUUUUUGAUAAAUAGAAAACUUUGCUUCAGGAGUUGCAUAGUCCUUGUGUAGUCUUUUCCUUGAGUGCUUGAGAUACUGAAAUAUAAUUAUGCUAGCUGAUGAGAUACAUAUUUAAUAUAAAUACAAAUAAAAUAUAUGUAUAUAAAGGUCUAUUCUUGCUAUUAUGGUUGAGACUAGUAACUCAUGGUGACAACACAGCAGAUAACUAUGAUGAUAUCACGGUGUAGUGAUGUAACUUUGACAUUAAUAUUCCAGUAUUUCUUUGCUAUAUUGUGUGUUCAGCAAAGCUUUAUUACAACUAAAUUUAUAAAUGUUACAAAGGAGUGCUGGAUUCAUAUCUUUGACUUGAAAAAAAGGGCAUGAUGUUACAUUUUUUUAAAAGGUUCACUUAUAAUGAACAGUUAUUCAGUAUGAGCAUAUAUUUAAUUACAUAUUUAAUACACAUUUACACAAUUACAUUAUUUAAUACACAUUUAUGCCACAGAAUCUCUUCCACUAUAAAUGCUGGAACAUAAAUAUAAAUACAGUUCCUAGUAAAUAAAUAUUUAAAUAUCAUAACACACCUGUAUCUGUAUAUAUUUCUACAAAACCAAAGCCUUUAAACUACUGGUUUAAGAACCUUAAAAGCAUAGAGUGCUGUGUAUUUCAUGAAAUUCAAAGCUUUUACGUAGUGUUUUACUCUGCCUGAAGGCAAAAUCAGAAUGUGCUGGUUUUAUGCCAUGGCUUUUUUUGAAUCACUUGCAGAAACUACUCCUUCCUUUCAUAAUGUAGAUAGGGGACAAUAAGGGAAAAAAAAAAUAACCCAAACCCAGCCUGGCUACAGGUUUGCUGCUUGAAGUUCACUGUCUUAGAAUUCAACAUUUUCAAAGCCAGCUGGUGGAUUUCAUCCACACAGCUGUCAAUCAUCUGUCAUUAAUUUCAUAAUGAGCUGCAUAUCUCAUUAUUUCAGUCAGCUCUCAAACACCUUCCCCCCAGUUUAUAUUGUUGAUGUGUAACAAUCAGUGUGGCUUACAAAAGAAACCAGCUGAAAUGGAGUUUAUUGCUUUGUCAGUUCAGCCUUGAGUCCAUUGAAACCACUGUCACAUUUUUAUUUAAAUCUCUGGGUACAAGAAUUUGUCCCACUAAUUCUUAAUACUCCUCUCAAUGAAGACAACAAAGUUAGUAUCCUACUUGAUCUCAGAUACAAACACCUUUCCUUUCAAACUCACUCCACUGCACAGUUUAAUGCUUUAAUGCACAGUAAAAUGCACUUUUAUUUCUCCAUUUGUUCUGAAAAGAAUUACUUGUGUUAACAUACACAAGAUUACUGAUUAACCCUUAAAAUCUUCUAAUUCCAAAUAACAGUGAGGCUCUUGAGCUGUAGGUACCAUUUCUUUUCCAAGAAAUUAGCCACACAUGCAAUAUUAGCUGUACAAGGCCUAGGCUUUCUGUUAUCUCACACAGUUAAAGAAAGUGGGGGAGAAAUAACAUAAUGCUGAUUUUGGAGAUGGUGUUCAUUUUUACUCAGAAGCAGUUUAUAGUUAAGAGCAGCUUACUCAUAUCUUCACAGAGCACAUGUACAAGUGAGCUACUGAUAAAAGGAAACAAUUAAUAUCACUGAAGAUCAGCUGAUUUCUCCUUAGAAGAGAGAACCAAAGCCCUUUUCUAUGCAUCACCCCCUGAUAAUUUCAUGCAUCUUUUGAAUUCCAGCCCAAUACAUUUUACCUGGUAGUGGCAUGAACUGACAAAUUGAGGGCACUUACCUAAUUCACGCAUAAGGUUUGUCAAAAUUACCAGAUGAUAACUGAUUUUCCAACCCAUUAUACAGAAAGAUAAUGAAGAAUCAGAUCUAGGCCAUUAAAAUUAGAGGAGUGAUCCAGCUGCUGUUCCUUCCAGUUAUGCAAAAGAACCUAGCAAAGACCUUUUAUGGAAAAAAAAUUGCCUCACUUAUAAUAAAUUCACAUGUUUUUAAAGGUUUUAUAAAGCUCUCAUAUUUCAAGCAAAUUUAUACAGUCGUAUUUGUUCAGAGUCUUAUCUCUUGUGAUGCUGCAAGUUUUUUUCUUCAUGCAGUUUACAUUCCACGAGGUUUCAGCUUUAUGUCCCAGUUCCCUGCUAUACUUUUUCAGGGGCCUGCACCAAUGAGUUUGGCCAGAGUAUGGUAAAUAAUGAGGGCUGAGGUUUUUGGUUUGGACUCUGACAGGAAGAAGAAACAUCACAGAAUCUAUCCUGGUAAUUCGUGACACUUGCUAAAUGCAGCAAAUUGUGACAGCAAGAUAUUUUAUCUUGGUCUUUGCGAGGUGAAUGGAAAUUGCUCAGGAAAAUUCUUUUCCACAAAGGGAAGGGUAUGUCUGUAGAGAAAGUCACAUCUGAGUACCAGUGUUUGUAAAUGUCUAUUUAUGUGACAAUGCUCUGUAAUUGCUGGUUCCCGCUAACUCCCACAGCACGAGCUUGGCACGCCUCGCAUGUGCUCAGAUGCUCAGUGGAAGUCAAUAUUGUGACUCCCAUUUACCUCAGGGGGAGCUGGGUUGAGCUGUACAGAAAGUAAAAGAAUGGGUCAAAUCCACCUUCUUUUUACCUGGAAAGAGGAACCAAACCCUUACCCUUGGUGACAGCUGCCUCACCUGCUCUUUGCUAGUUCAGCUAAUUCCCAGUGAUGUCCAAGGUACCUUACAGGUGGAACUGAAGUUAGAAUUUGAGUCCUCUUUGUAUUCACAUGGCAGACAGCUGCAUGUGUCUCUUAAAGAAUGUAGUUUGAAAUGCACUGUAAAUAGUUUUAACAUACUUUCCUAUUAUAGUUUAAUAAAAACCUUAAACACACAUACUAGUCACUGAGUUUAUCCAUUUGUAUUCUAUCUUUUCAAAAUACCUGAACAAAUAUAUAGUUUCUGGGCACAGUAUUUUUGUACUAGGUUAAGGGGUUUCUCUGUAUAUUAUGUUUUGCCUUUAAGCAGUAUUAAAGUCACCUGAAUGUUACGUGUUCUGUCCUGCUUCUGUCCUAUGGCUUCUUAGAGUAAAGCUAGUUACGUGACUUAAGAGAAUCAUUAGCCCUACUUAUUGUACAGCUGCUAGAGAACAUAAGGGUCAGCUUAUUUUCUGUGGUCAGACUUCUGCUUAUUACUUACUUCCUCAUUCUUCUCUUUGUACUGUUUUCAUGCUUUUUAAAAUAAAAAGGAUUAUGUCAAA